AUCCGUGACGAAAUAUCGAAAAACAAAAUGGCGUCUCCGCCGCGAGAAGGGAAGAAGAAAGAGAUCUACAAGUACGUGGCUCCAUGGACGGUGUUCGCGUUGAAUUGGAGCAUGCGAAUGGACAAAAGAUGGAGGCUGGCUAUAGGCAGCUUCAUAGAGGACUACACCAACAAAGUCCAGAUAGUACAGCUGGACGAAGACCGUGGGGAGCUGAUGCACAGGGCCACGUUCGACCACCCAUACCCCACCACGAAGGUGAUAUGGAUCCCAGAUCCAGCCACCCACUACCCCGACCUCCUGGCCACGUCCGGAGACUACCUCAGACUGUGGAGAGUUGACUCCAACGGACAAGUUCACCCGGAGUGCAUGCUCAACAACAAUCGAAACUCUGAGUUUUGUGCUCCUCUCACCUCAUUCGACUGGAACGAGACGGACCCAAACAUUGUGGGAACAUCCAGCAUUGAUACCACCUGCACCAUAUGGGGAUUGGAGACAGGUCAAGUGUUGGGUAAAGUGACAGGCAGUGUACGGACUCAGCUCAUAGCUCACGACAAAGAGGUUCACGAUAUUGCAUUCACAAAGUUGGGGGGAGGGAGAGACGUCUUUGCCUCUGUUGGAGCUGAUGGUUCAGUCAGACUCUUUGAUCUCAGAAACCUGGAGCACUCCACCAUACUGUAUGAGGACCACAAACAACUGCCACUCAUGAGACUGUCGUGGAACAAACAGGACCCUAACUACCUGGCCACCUUUGCCAUGGAGUCUUCUGAGGUCAUUAUUCUGGAUGUCAGGGUUCCAAGUGUCCCGGUCUCCAGACUGUGUAACCACAGGGCCCCAGUCAAUGGUAUAGCAUGGGCCCCUCACUCCUCCUGCCACAUCUGCACCGCUGGUGAGUAAACCACAGGGCCCCAGUCAAUGGUAUAGCAUGGGCCCCUCACUCCUCCUGCCACAUCUGCACCGCUGGUGAGUAAACCACAGGGCCCCAGUCAAUGGUAUAGCAUGGGCCCCUCACUCCUCCUGCCACAUCUGCACCGCUGGAGAUGAUCAUCAGGCACUGAUCUGGGACAUUCAGCCAAUGCCUAAACCUAUUGAAGUCCCUAUACUGGCCUAUGCAGCUGAGGGAGAGAUCAACCAGAUCCAGUGGUCUUCCUCCCAACCUGACUGGAUAGCCAUCUGCUACAGAGACAAGCUGGAGAUACUCCGGGUUUGAACACUGUGUAUAUACUGCUUCCUCUUUUGAUGCACCGCAGCCAGCAAUCGAUGAUCGUGAAUCCCCAACACUUGUCAAAGGCCAACACAUGCAGUCCUUUUCAAUUCCCACACAUCCACUCUUUGUAUUAUGUAUAGCUGUUCCUAAGUUCUUCCUUCUGUUGUUUUUUUAAAUAAAGA